AGGUUUAUAGUACAGGGCUGUAUAUCUUUUCCUCAUUUCUCAUUCCUUUUAUCCCGUUGGUUUCUGAAGUCUGACAGACAGCAAUUGGGGUAAGAUGCAGACGGGCGAGACAUCAGAGCAAGGAGCCAGGCCAUGGCUAUCAUACCACACCGUAUACACAAAUGCCAAAGCAGGGAUGGAUGGAGUUGACAAAGAGAAAGUUCAGAGGAUAAUAUAUGAAACGAGUAAAGGAUCCAAAUAUUUUGAGAAUGAGGAACGCAAAGAGGAGUUCAUAAGACAGAAGAUUGAGAAUAUGCGUAUUCAAUGUGCAAAGCUCACAGCGAUGGAUAUAUCUCAUUAUCAAGGGGUAGCUGAUAAAAGAAUAUCAGAGCUAGAAGCUGCCCGUGAUCUGUCAAAGAUUUGGCUACAUGUAGAUAUGGAUGCUUUUUAUGCUGCUGUUGAGACAUUGGAGAAUCCUUCAUUGAAGGGGAAACCAAUGGCUGUUGGCAGCAUGUCCAUGAUCUCCACUGCUAAUUAUGAGGCACGGAAAUUUGGAGUUCGUGCUGCAAUGCCUGGUUUCAUUGCUCGGAAAUUGUGCCCGGACUUGAUAUUUGUUCAUACAAAUUUUAAGAAGUAUGCUUAUUACAGUGAGUUAACUAGAAAAGUUUUCCAGAAAUAUGAUCCCAACUUCAUGGCUACUAGUCUAGAUGAAGCAUACCUUGAUAUAACUGAGGUUUGCAAAGAAAAGGGCAGUAGCAGUGAAGAAAUUGCUGAAGAGCUCAGGAAAGGUGUUUAUGAGGAGACUGGUCUUACAUGCAGUGCUGGAGUGGCACCAAAUCGCUUGCUUGCUAAGGUUUGCUCAGAUAUAAACAAGCCAAAUGGACAGUUCAUUUUACCAAAUGAUCGGAUGGCCAUCAUGACAUUUAUAUCGUCACUCCCCAUAAGGAAGAUUGGAGGCAUUGGUAAAGUCACUGAACACAUAUUAAGGAAUGUCCUUGGGAUCAAUACAUGUGAGGAUAUGCUGCAAAAGAGUGCUUUCCUAUUUGCACUUUUUUCUCGUUCUUCGACAGACUUCUUCCUAUCUGCAGGACUGGGCUUAGGGGGAACAGACAGCCCCCAAGUUAAGCUGCGAAAAAGUAUCAGUAGUGAAAGAACAUUUUCAGCCACAGAGGACAAGGAGCUGCUUUAUCAGAAGUUAGCAGAUAUUGCAGAGACAUUAUCAAAUGACAUGCAGCAAGAAGGUCUUCGUGGUCGAACAUUGACACUAAAAUUGAAAACUGCAACCUAUGAGGUUCGAACUAGAGCUGUGUCUUUGCAAAAAUAUAUUUGCUCAAGUGAGGAUAUCUUAGAUCAAGCUUUGAAGUUGCUAAAGUCUGAGCUUCCUCUUUCUUUGAGACUCAUUGGCCUGCGAAUGUCUCAUUUUGACAAACUUGGUCCUGCUGAUCCAAUGCAAAAGACUCUCACAAGUUUUGUUAUCUCAAGGAAUACUUGUGAAAAAGCUACAAGUUGUAGUAGAUCCCUUGGUGCAGAUGCCAGUGAUAAUUGUACCAUGUGUGGGACUGAAACUGGUCUUUCAACUGAUGACCAUGAGAUCCAUCUCUUAGAUCCAGGUUACGACUAUAACUCCAUGGAACCUUAUCAGCUAAACCAAUUAUCAUGUUCUGAUGAUGAGGGUUGUACACCAAGCAAUGAUGCUGGUGAAAUGAAAAAUCUUCAUACACUGAUGAGUAGUAAGUGCCCAUCCAAGCUUUCCCAGAUUAAUACCCCUGACUUGGUAGAAUUCCAUGAUACCGAUAAAUUGCAAAAGGUGGAAGUGGAGUCUGUUGCUUUCUUUGGGAAAUCCAAGGGAAACAGCGUCGAUCAAAGGAACAAGAGAGGCAAUCUAUUUUAUGAUAAAACAGUAUUGUCAUUCAGUCAGGAAGGACAAACACUGUGGGUGGAUGGUUAUAAGUGUUCAUUAUGUGGAGUUGAGCUGCCCCCUAGUUUUGUUGAGGAGAGGCAAGAACACUCUGAUUAUCAUCUUGCGGAGAUGCUACAGAAGGAAGAAUCUGAAUCUAACUCAAGAGAUCUCAUGCUGGUGAAUGGGUCUAUCCAGAAGGCAAAGAGCUCUGGAGUCGGAAAACGUAAGAAGCAGAAGUCUCAUCCAAAAGAUGGCAAACACAUACCCAUCGAUUCAGGUUGCUCAUGGUGGUCAGGACCCAGGAGCAAAAGUCGAGAUUCAUUCAUUGCAAAUAGAGUAGAUCGGCUUCAGUGCUCACAAUACUGUGUUCACACGGUUCGCAUAACCUUUUACAACUGUGCAUUAGUAAUAUUUAUGUACUUGUAUGCUUUUUUUAUGGGAGAUAUUCCCAAUGCAAGGCUGCAGGGACUCUGGGAGAGGUGUUGAAUAUUUCAUAUAAUU